AUGCGUCGGCGUUACGAACGUAGGCGAGCCGCUAAGGCCAAAGCUGUCGCUACUGCAACCACAGAAACAGAUGUAGUAAACACUUUGACGGGUUCUUCAGGCACUAUAAAAUCUAUCACUACCGCCACUUCGACACCCAAAAAGCGGCAAACGACUGUACAUGCUGCAGCACAGAUAAAGCUACAUGUUCACGGCCACGAGUUCCAAAACGGCGAGGAGAUUGUGCUCAAUCCAGAAAAUUUUCCGCAGUUAAAGGAACUUAUUUGGAAAGACUAUGUGGUAGAGAUCUUUCAUCCAGAGCACGCAUGCGACACUCAGCUUGGAACCUCGGACGUCGAAUUGGCUGCCUGUGCCGAAGGCUCUCCUCAGAAUCAUUUGCUGCUUGAGAUUCCAGGUAGCAGCGCUGAUCCAAUCAAAGGAAAAAUGCAGGUAAGUGUGUUGAAGGACACGGCUGCCAUCUUCCAACUGGCACCGUUUAAGGACGUUACCGUGCGGUUUCUCCCCAAGACGCAGGUUGAAGUGGACUUUGUGGAGGUAUCACUAAAAGACCAGUUCAUGUCUAGGCGAGAUCUUAUGUAUCUAAAGCAGUCGAUGGCAGGCACGGCGCUAUAUGUGGGCAAGACUAUUAGAGUGCAGGGGACACGAUGGCAGGUGCUCGACGUGCGUGCUGGCGGCGAGAAGGUUCGCAGCGGAGUCAUUUCAACAAAUACUAAGUUCACAUUUCGCUCGCGGACGUCGCGCAUCAUGUGGUUAGUGCAAAUUAGUCCAGAGAUGUGGGAUAUGGCCAAUUCUGGUAUGCUUUACUCAGAAAUUUUUCUGAAGGUGGUUCGUAAUGUGCUGGAAAAGUGGAUGAAACACAAAGUCUCGCACAGUCUGACUAUUCUCUUUUACUCACGGUGCUUCUAUCCGAAAAUGGAUCGAAAUCAAAGCACCUCAACUUCAGUGGGACAUGACUAUCACUCAAGCUGUUUUUCUAAAUCAAAGCACGCUGAUAGUGAAAAAAAAUCGUCGUUUCCUCAUGAACGAAGCGAUUGCUUCUCGAUUGGCGUCGACGAAGACGGCAGACAUUAUCAAGACUUUUACAAAUUGGUCGCAUUUGACAGCUGCAUAUCAGAUGUGCAGCCGUUACUUGUGCGGCUUAAAGAAGAAAUUAAUGCAUUUCCUCGGAAAUGUGGUUGGCGACCACCCGAAGGUUUCUCGGAUCUCUCCUCUCAAGAAUAUUAUCAAGAUGAGACUUCUCCGCGACCAGGAAUUCCUUCCAAAGCUCGUGACGGAAAUUUGCUCGAAGCUGUUAACCUUGUGCUCAAUAUAUUUGAAAAGCAUCAUAUUGACCGCGAUUUGUCGCGUAGUGGGCAGAGCGUCGUGCUAAUAACUCCUGGGAAUGGUAUAUUUUUCGUCAACAAGCGCCUUUCCGAGAUAACAGAGCAGCGCAUGAUGGACCAUGGAAUAGGUAUUGACUUAAUUUCAUUGUCGUCCCGCCCACUACACAAAUGUCCGCUCUUUCUCUUCAAGCAGUCCAGUUCGCUCGAGAUUAAGUUUUCUGGUCGGAAAGAAGGACAUCUUGCGAAUGAAGUGUGUUUGUGUAAUUACAACAAUUCACACAGCCUGAAAAAUGGAUAUCCUCGACAAUCGCGAGCGAGCUCGAGUGACGCUUUUUCCGAGACACAAUCGGCAGUGCCAGACGCUGGGAUCUCAUCAACGAGAAAUGGCCAGUUGUGCAAGAACUGCUUUCAACGAAUGGAUAACCGAAAAAAUUAUAUUGUUCCUCUAUGGAUUCCGCUCUGGUUUGUACAAGAGAAUAUGCUGAUACCGCACACGUGCCCACUAGAUGAUGAUAUUACCCAAUUUUGCGACGUCUGCGCGCCAGAAAAUGCAAAGAAUAAAUCUUUUGAGCCGCUUCCGUUGUGCCGAAUGUUCAGGGACAAUAUCAGUACUUUUUGUGGGUACCUUUCGCUUCCAAAGCCGUUGGAAUAUCUCCUACACGCCUCUCCAGGAUCUGAACCCGUCCAAUGUGAUUGGGAUGGAGAUAGCAUUGAACACGGCUUUGCAUCAUCAGUUACAAACUCUGCUCAUGACAACAUUACCUUUGCUGGUCCGAACAGUGAUCUUGUUCGCGCUCGAGCGUCUUCCAUGACGUUCUCGGAUGACGCUUUGUCGUACGAGGGGGAGGCUUUGACCAAAGUGCGAUCGUUUUCGUUGUCUGAGCAAAAUAAACUCCUACUGGAGUAUGAAAGUUUCCGUCUAGCCUCAACCCCACCAACGCGCCCUGGCCAAUCGUACUUGACGUCGAUGACAAAAAAAAGGAUGGGAGCCGGAGGGUUGCAAUCGAGCUCAGCUGGCAAUGCAAUUGAAAACAGUGAUAUUGGGGAGGUUCGGUGGCAUCAAUUUGAGCAGAAUGAGCCUACUUCACUCAACGUUAGCAUGACUGAUCACCACGAAAGCUUCGUGGCUAAAGUAGGAUCUUUGGAUGACGAAAAACCCAAGGCUAGGACCUUUUCAAGCUCGUUUCCAAAGUCGUUGCACUUGGGUGACGGCAGUGGGCAGAACCAAACGCUGUUCACUGCUAGUCCUGUCUUGCGGCCAGCCGAAGCCGCAGGAAAAGAGGACAUUUUCCAUUCCCAAGCAUUUAUGCUAAAGCAACUUACGAGUAACCAGCGUCGAUGGAGCCAAGUGCGGCCGUAUGAAAGCCGGCAGCAAAAGCUUACACAGAACAUCUUAAAGUGGCGUAGUCUAUGCUUUCCAGCGCUAUUGCCACUCGCUAGUGAUUUCAUGCCAGCCCCUAAAGAAUUGCAAGCGCACUAUACAGAGUCUUUUUACAGCGUCAUGCUCCCAGAGCGCGACGAACAAAAUGGAGUCACUUUUCGCGAUUAUCGUGAGCUUGUUCUUGAAAUGGUCGCACAACGGCUGUCCCAAGAAUUUCAGUUUGUAUCAGCCGAAGAUAAAAGUGAAGCUGGAAAAAAAGGGAGCACUAUCUUUCGACUCAGCAUGGGACAUCGAAUCCAUGAAAUCGUUUACAACGAGGAAACUCAAACAAUUGAUGUUAAGCGAUAUUUACAAAGAGUGACAACGCAGUCUGAUGUGGACAUUAUGGAGUAUCGAUACUUGCUUUGGUCCCCAACCGUCGAUCGCUUUGUUGCUGUUGCGCAGGAAUUUCGCAAGUAUCCUAAGAUUGAGUAUCAAUGGAAUCAUUUGGAUCAGCUGAUUUGCGGUUACAUUGAUGAAAUGAGUGAAGGAAUUCGCUAUAAACGCACCUUGCAUUGUAUAUUUCCGCCCCGCCUCGGUUAUUCUGAUGUCGCUGAUCAAGAAACAUUGCGAGAAUACACAGAAAGCUGUCGUAAAUUCUUGGAAUAUUUGCGGGCUAAGGCAGAUGCUAGCACUGGUUUUCCGAACGUAGCUGUCAUGACUGACUGGAAUGAACUCAUGUCGACAAGCCAAAUCAAAGCCUUCAAGCGCGUGGGCCAAAGAAGUGUUAAGAUGCUCCUGCACACAAAUGAUGCCGUCACGAGCCAGAACUGGGUGAUUACAAAGGUCGACACCGAACUGCGACCAACACAAUGCUACCACGUAGAGAUUCAGUGGCUUGUGUGCCGCAGCUCUCUCGUCGAUGAUCUCAUUACAGGGAUGAGCCGCCGCGCCAAACAGCUCGGAUUAGAUUUUCAGAGAGUUUCCGAGAACGGAAUUUCAAGCAAUUUGGCCCUUCAUCCAUUUAAUUGUCCCAUUUUCUUUCCGAUUGGCAAUGCAUACGAACAAAGGCUGAUAGAAAAGGCGCUGGUCGAGCGCUUCGACUUCUGCUGCGAGGCGCUGCAUCCUAUCCCGAUCACGCAUUUCAACCACAGAGCAGAGUAUGCGAUCGCGGCAACGGAACCGCAUGCGCGACGAACAAUCUCGUACUACCGGCAGUAUGUCCACCGGUCGCUGGCUUGCUUUGCACGUAUGACACAGACCGGAUUAGUUUGGACUUCCGACCAGAAAUUUCACGACGGCGAGAUCCAGCACAUCUUUAACGGACUACAACAAUAUAUUGAGUCUCUUCAGGUGGUGUGUUCGGUGCUGAUGAGCGUGAUGGACAGCAUGAUGGAGCCUCCAGCUCUAGCAACAGCAGAAUCUACUACUGUGAAGUUCAAUACUGACAAUAAAGCAAUAAAUUUGGGUACAUGCAGCCCUAAUCUUUCCCGAAAAUCCAAUACAAACGGUAGGUUGGAGUUUCUUGCGAGUGAAAAUGUCAGCGAAAUCAGUGGCAUAUGCAGCGAAGAAAAAGAAAACAACUCACUGGCGAUCAAUUUCCAGCUGCCUUAUGCUUCUGGUUCGGACGCGAAGAGAAGCUCGCCACUUACGGAAUCCGUCUUUGAUAAAUCUGAGCGUGGCGUCUCGUGUGUGUCGAAGCCGCGCGUGAAUCUUCUUUUAACGAACCAAACACAAUGCCCGAAUGCUUGA